AUGACGGCGGUCGAGAAAAGUUUUUAUGUGGACGACUUGCUGCUAUCUGUGGAUAGCGUAGAAGAGGCCGGAACUCUGUUGAACGAUAUCAAAACUAUUUGUAACAGGGGCCGGUUCAAUUUGACUGAAAUAACCGCAAACAACCGGGAAGUAUUGAACUCUUUGUCAACGAGCGAGUUGGCUAAGGAUAUUCGGGAAAUGGAUUUCGCCAACGAAGAUUUGCCAGUGGAGAGAGCUUUAGGGGUGGCGUGGAGAGUUGAACUGGAUGUGUUUGGUUUCAAGAUUCGCGAGCCCGAUGGUUCACCAAACUCCAGGAGAGGUCUUUUGUCCUCUGUGUAUGCCAUUUACGAUCCUUUUGGGUUCAUUGGCCCAGCAAUUCUGCCAGCUAAACGCAUACUCCAGGAGUUGUGUCGGAGGAAGUGCAACUGGGAUACAGAGAUCCCGGACGAUUUGAAAACUAUUUGGAUUCGUUGGGGCGGGGAGUUAAAUUUGCUAUCUUCCUACGAAGUUCCACGGUGGAAUGGCGAAUCUGGCGAAGGAGAUCGAGGCGAAUUACACGUGUUCUGCGAUGGGAGCGAGAUUGGUUACGGGGCCGCUGCCUAUGUUAGAGUGAAGAACGCUGGUGGAAUUCGUUGCACCCUUACCUUGGCCAAGUCGAGGUUGGCUCCCUUAAAGAAGAUUUCGAUCCCUCGUCUAGAAUUGGCUGGAGCUAAGUUGGCCGUUGAGUUGGCGUCCAUUAUCAAGAGGGAGAGAUAG